AUGAUCAAGACCCGCAUCUGCAUCAUCUCAGACACACACACCUGCGCCCCAAAUGCACCGCUCAACACCUCCAACCCGUACCGGCAGCCACUGCCAAAAGCCGACAUCCUGUUACAUGCGGGCGACCUAACCAAAGUCGGGUACCACGUCGAGCACGAGCAAAUGGUCGCGAUGCUCAAGGAAGCAGACGCAGAACUGAAACUUGUCAUCGCCGGCAACCACGACAUCACCCUGGAUGAAGAGUACUUCACCAGCUACGGGUGGCGACGGCACCAGCGCCCCGAGUGGCUGGGCGGCCAAGGGAUUCUACCAGACGAGGAUCCCAGAUCUACGAUUCGAAUGAAAAACGACGUGCCGCCGAGUGAAGAAGCGCUCAAAGCAUACGUCCAGCGCUCAAAGGAUCUAUACACCAAUGCCUCGGCGCAAGCAGCUGGAAUCCGCUACCUUGAUGAAGGGACACACACAUUCACGCUUUCGAAUGGUGCCACCUUCACCAUCUACGCCUCGCCAUAUCAACCCGAGUUCUAUCGCUGGGCAUUCGCAUACCCACGCGAGCAAGACAGAUUCAACCCGCCUCUCAGCCCCGGUUCUGCGCAGCAACCAGCAAACCCAAUCCCCAACCAUCCCGCUGUCGACAUGAUAAUCACACACGGCCCGCCGCUGGGUAUCCUCGAUGAAGUGGUCCGUGGCGGAAGAGUCGGAUGCACGCACCUCCUACGCGCGGCAGAGCGCUCGCGGCCACGACUGCAUGUCUUCGGGCAUAUACAUGAAGCAUACGGCGCUGCACGCAGGACGUGGGAUGCCGUCGCGGAAAAGGGAGUGAGGCUUGAGGAUGUGAAGACCAACCCUGAGGACGUGCUGGAGAGACGGGGCGCGUUUUAUGAUAUGAGUGCUGAGGGGGGGGAAGCCGCUUCGCUUUGGAGAGGAGACGCUUUUUGUUAA